UAAUUAGUAUAAUAUUAUCUACGAAUUUAAGAUAUUAUUAUCAAGAUCGAAAAUAAAUUGAUAAUAUGUAAUAUUUUUAAUUGGAUAGGAAUAAAACUUAUAUUUAAACGGGGAUUUGAUAAAUUAUCAUUUUUUGUAGCUGUUCAAGUAGUUAACCAGGAAAUGUAUUGGCAUUACGACUACAGUGAGUGAUCAAACAGAGUGAAAGUAUGUUAUGACCUUUUGUAUUGUAAUGCCUCAACACUUGUCAUCAUCUGUUUUAGCAAUAUUGAGAGUACUGUAGUGAUAUUUUGACGCAUCAGUUUCUGUUAUGUUAUGAUCCUGUUAAACAUUGGGUUGUUGAGUUUAAGGGAAAGAGUCUUCCGUGCUGUGACAAUAUGUAGGGUAUGACAAUUCAAAAAUGGCUUCGGCUAAUCCAUCGUUGGAUGGUAAUAGCAAUAGUGACAGCCUGACCCGGAACUUCUCGCUAGUUAACAAUGAGCGCAAUCGCACAGCUCAUUCUAAUCAGGAACAAGACAAUUCCCCCCGAGACUAUGACGGCCUGAAGCAGCAAUGCGACAUGGCCAUGCAUGAGCUGCAACUUCUCAGACGGCAGCAGAACGACACAAUACGGCGGUGCGAGUUGACGAUGAAGGAGCUGGAGUAUUACAGGGGGCAGCACCACGCGGCCAUGACGCAGCUGGAGGCGACCACCCAGGAGUCGAGCAGUUUGCGUAGCAAGUACACCGAACUUGUCUCCGACAAGCAGCGGCUCGACCGCGAGGUCACCGAACUCAGGUCCAACCAACAGCAGGAUGUGAUAGUCCCUGAAACAAGCACCGGAGACUCGAUCAAUCAACACUACAUAACCGCGUUGAAGAAGUACGAUGCCAUGAAGGAGGAGUACGAUGCUCUCAGGAAACGCUAUGACGAUCUCAUUGCUUCGCAUUCUUCGGCUGUCGAUAAGCUCGAACUCACUCAGGAGGAGCUAGGCCGGCUGAAGACGCAGUGCGAGGAGAUGGUGAAGGAGCGCAACGUGGCGGUGCGGGAGAGGAACGGCCUGAAGCAGCAAUGCACGGCAGCCAUUCGCCAGUGGGACAACGCGCUCAGGGAGCUCAACGAGUGUCAGGAGGCUCUCGGCAAGGUGCAACAACAACACGAGGAGGCGAUGAAGGAGAUCAACCAGGCGAUGGCAGUACGCAUCAAGGCCAGCAAAGACCUGAAGCGACUGACAGAGGAGCGCAACGCGGCCAUGCAGGAGUACAGCCUCAUCAUGAGCGAGCGAGACACCGUGCACAAGGAGAUGGAGAAGCUCAGCGAGGACCUCACGCAGGCGUUCAAGAAGAACAAGGCCCUCGAGAUGGAGAGCAAGGAGAGUAUGGAGGAGAAAAAAGCGCUGUCCUACCAAAUGGAAACGCUGAAACGUGAGAUUGCGUCGGCGCUGCAUGACAGGGAUAAGGCGCUGAAAGAGUGCAACGACCUGAGGGAGAAAUUUGGCGAGUUCACCGCCAAGGAGGACUCCCAACGGGAAGCCUUCAAGGCCAGGUUCGACUCCAACUACAUUCGCGGAGAGAGAGAUGCCGGUAGGAAAGACCCUAGAGAGCUACAGACUGCCUCAAUGGACCUGUUUGGACAGAAAGAAAGAAUGGACAAUCUGGAUCAGGCCAAUCAAGAGAUAGAGCGACUGAGAAAGCAUGCUGACAAACUUCAGGUCGAACUACAAGAAUCGAUCCAGGAGGCAGAGGUGUCGAAGCGGCGGCGCGAUUGGGCGUUCAGCGAGCGCGACAAGAUUGUGCUGGAGCGAGAGAGCAUUCGCACGCUAUGCGACCGACUUCGCAAGGAGCGCGACCGCGCCGUCUCCGAGCUGGCCGAAGCCCUCCGCGACUCCGACGACAUCAAGAAGCAGCGCAACGAGAAGACCAAGGAGCUCAAAGUCCUCAAAGAGAAGAUGGAAGCCCAAAUGGAGAAGGAAACUCGCAUGCUGCAGUAUGCGGCCAGCCACAGCUACAGCCACGACUCGGCCAUCGACACAGACAUGCAGGAGUGGGACACCGAAAUGCUCAACAUCGAUCUGAGUGGCUUGGGAAGCAAUGAAGACUUGGGACUGGAACUGGUGGGAGGUCGCGAUGACCCGCACUACCCCAAUGACAGCGGAAUUUAUGUAUCAUCAGUUCACAAAAACAGCAUCGCUGAAGGCAAACUCAAACCGAACGAUUGUAUAGUGCGUGUGAAUAAUUUGGACUGCAGUUCGGUGAGCAAACGCAUGGUGCUGGAAACAAUGCGAGCCAAUGGUGGAACAGCUGUCAUUGUCAUACGCAGGCGAAGGGUUGGUGCCAGGUGUCUCUUCACUACUCAGUUGCAGGUUAAUAACUACGAUCAUGGCUUGAGCUUGGAAACCGGCAUUUACAUAUCGAAAAUAAGCCCAGGAUCAUUGGCAGCCAAAGAGAGCAACAUUGCUGUUGGUGAUAGAGUUCUUAGUAUCAACAACAAAACAAUGGAUGGGCUGAAGAGUUGUCGCGACGCGCUGUUGAUCCUGAACGAACCGUGCGACGUGCUUACACUGACGACGCUGCGCAGUAGCAGUGUGGGGGCGGUGAGCUGCGGGGGCGGUGGAGGUGGCGAGCAGGCAGGCGGGGUGGCAGGGCCGCGCACCAAGACCUGCAACGCCAGCACGCAGACCGAGCAGCGCGAGCGCGAGAGAGAGAGGGAACGCGAGAGAGAACGGGAGAGGGAAAGAGAAAGGGAGAGUCUUAGUCGGCUGACGCCAACAACUACAGUAUUCCCGCCACGCGUGGUGGCGAAAUGGGGCGGCGGCGGUAGCAACCAGGAAACUUCGGUCCCCAAGCACCAGGGUGGUGGCGGGGGCGGGGGCAGUAAGCGGAACUCAUCGUUCGACAGCAGCCAGCAGGAGUUGCAGGAGAUUGCCGCUCUGGCAGUGCUCGACUCGGUCAUCGACAGCCAUCGCAUUGGCAGCAGUGCGCAUGCGCAGACCAUUGGCCGUUCAGGUGGCGGGGGUGGGGGGACGCAGCGGCGCACUCGUGACAGCGCAAGCAGUGCUGCCAAACAUCUAGAGAAGAACGGAGGCACCUGGCCUAAGACUAGAUCGGGUCCUGUGAUAGAGCACGCCACGGGCACGAUUGUGCACCCGCGCAAGAACAAGGAGCGCCUGCCGCUCUCCUUUCUGCUCAACAAUCUGCCACCUGGCUACUCCCCCCUGCCCCCCUGCUGCACUGCGGCCGCCGAGCGGGAGCGGGAGGCUGUGAGGCGUGGUGGGGGCGGUGAGGCGGGCGGAGGCGGUGCUGGCCCCCCCACUGAUCCCAACAGCAUCGAUUUGAGUGUCAAGUCUGGCAAUAUCGGCAAGGAGGUGCUCGAAUACUACGUGAAGAAGAAAACGCACAAACCGUCGUCGUCGUACCAUCACGAUGGCGGUGGCUCGUCAGACACCAGUCCCAGUCCGACGGGGGGCGCUCCUGGGGGGGCCGACGCACCCACACCGCCCCCACCCCUCCACCCACCACACCCACACCCGCAUGCGCACACUCGCACCAGCAUCUACUCCCAACUGUACCCACCAGGGGUGGGGGGAGGCAGUCAGCCGCCGCCCCACCACUAUGGCAGUGGGGGCGGUGGAAUGGGGGUAGGUGGGUCGCAUCACACACACUCGCACUGCCCCCCAAGGGGUGCCAGUGGUGAUAGUUUGAGUUUGACUCUGUCUGAUUCGAGGUCCUACUCAUUUGAGCCGCCCUAUUCGCCUGUGUCACCGGUGUUUGAGGUGCACCACACGCACUCGCCGUCAGUGGACUCUUCGCAGUCGCUGGUGUCGCAACACUACCACCACAGCGGCGGUGGCGGCGGCGGGAAGCCAGAGCGGCCCGGCUCCUAUGCUGGGAGUGGCGGGGGCAGCCAGGUGGUGGGGGGUGGUAGCACCCAUUUGCACCACUUCAGGGGUGGCCCGGCCACGCAUGACCACCACCAUCAUCACACCUACCAUCACACCACUUUCGAGGGCGGCACCUUUCCCAGAAAGAAGGAGAAUCAACGGUUCAGGAUUCCAUCGAACCCGAGCGUGGCAAGCAAGAGCAGCGGAGGAAAGGUGUCGACGGGCAGCAUAGAGAAGUCAUCGGAGCGAGGCAGUCCUAUGCCAAUGCCCACCUUCCAUGUGGAGGUGCUCAGUCCCGGCCUUAGGCAGAACAAGCGCAACUCACUCCCCCUCGACUAUUGCUGGUCGCAAAAACCUCUACCGGGCGAGCUACGCCGUGUGCACAUAGACAAGUCAGUUGAGCCGCUAGGAAUUCAGAUUUCUUGUCUGGAAAGCGGAGGUGUGUUUGUCUCCACUGUCAGUGAGCACAGUCUAGCAUCGCAAGUUGGUCUUCAGGUUGGCGACCAGUUGCUGGAGGUGUGUGGCAUCAACAUGCGCAGUGCUACCUAUCAGCUGGCGGCCAAUGUCCUCCGCCAGUGCGGCAACUCCAUCACUAUGCUUGUCCAGUACAGUCCUGAAAAGUACCACGAACUGGAGGGCACGGCUAGCUCGAGCAGUGGAGGCAGCCGGGAGACGAGGUCGGGGUCGCCCACGCCGUGUAACUCACCUCGUGCCAAUCGCAAGUCUAGUCCACUGGAGCUCACUCACAGCCAGAUCGAGCAGGCCAUUUCUACGCUCAGCCGCCAGAAACCCAGCCAAAGGGUGGGCGUUGACGAUGUGGACUCAGUGGGUGUGUCCUGCCAGGAGCCGCGCUACCUGCUGAUCGAGACACGUAAAUGCAGCAACCUGGGCAUCAGCCUGGUUGGAGGCAACGCGGUCGGCAUCUACGUGCACACGGUGCAGCCACAGUCACUCGCCCACCAGGCCGGGUUACGAACCGGUGACCGCAUCCUGCACUACAACGGCACCGACCUCAGUCACGCUACCGCCGAGGAGGCCGCUUAUGAGCUCGCCAAGCCGGCUGACAAGGUGACAGUGCUAGCGCAGUACAACGUGGACCGCUACAACGAGGUGAAGGACAAGCCGGGCGACAGCUUCUACAUCCGAGCGCUGUUCGACCGACCGGGGGGCGGCGCCGACGGGGGCAGUGGAGGCAGUGGGGGUGGGGCCAGCGAUGCGCUGCAACUGCGAUUUCGCAAGGAUGACGUGUUGUAUGUGGACAACACCAUGUUCAACGGAGUGCCGGGCAACUGGCGGGCCUGGCUCCUCGACGAGGAUGGCUGCAGGCAGCAGUGCGGCAUCAUUCCUAGCAAAUACAAGGUUGAAGAAGAACUGCUGCUGCGACGCAGCCUAGGCGACUUGGAGGCGGAUGCGCGACGCGCAACCAGACGCAGCUUCUUCAGGCGCAAGAAGCACCAGCGCAGCGACUCGAAGGAGUUGGCCAGCUUCAGCAACAUCACCGCUGGCUGGUACAGCGACUCGGGUCCGCUCAACGAGGAGACCACGCUAGCCUCCUACCAGCGGGUUACGCGGCUUAAUUGUGACCCAGUGUUCCGUCCGGUGCUGAUAGUGGGUCCGCUGGCCGAGUGUGUGUGCGACAAGCUGAUCCAGGACUUCCCCGACAAGUUCGCGCGCUGCCCGCCAGAGGUGAUGCACUGCUCGCAGGCCACCAUGGAGAAGGGCAUCGCCGACUCUCUCUUCGUCGACUACCGCAAGAAGGGCACCUUCUACGAGUGCACCUCCGUCUCCGCUGUCAAGGACAUGUGCGAUAAGAAUGGGCAUUGCAUCAUUGAUGUGGGACUAGCGUCUGUGGAAAGAUUGCACCGUCAUCAAAUCUAUCCGAUAGUUCUGCUAAUCAAGUUCAAGUCGACUAAGCAAAUCAAGGAAGUGAAAGACACGCGCUACUCGCUGGACAAAGUCACUGCUAAAAUUGCCAAAGAAAUGUACGAGCACACGGCCAAACUGGAAAGCGAAUAUCGCCAUUACAUAUCUGCGGUGAUUCCAGCCGGUGUGAACCUGGCGUACAUGUGCACUCAGAUCAAGGCGGCCGUUGACCUCGAGCAGAGCAAGACUUUGUGGGUGCCCUGCACCAAUGCCUGACACCGCGACAUCUCUGCACAUCAGAUACUCAUGCAGAUCGUCUCUACGCUCUAAACAUCAACUCUAUACCUUCAGCGUUGCAGCAAGUUUCUACAAUCAUUGUAAUUAAGUGUCGUUUUCUAGCAGCAACACAAUUAUUUGUUUCUACGUUCUAGGCAGUUAACAAUGCAAACAUCACGCAGCUGGUUUCUACUUUAGUUAAUGUUUGAUAACAUUAACGUAGUUGGAUUUUUCAUUGUAAUUUUGAUAGUAAUAGUCCGAUAACUCAUAGACCGGUUUCUAGGACAGCUAUCAAAUCUAAUGAACCAUUGAACCUAUAGAUUUCAUGGCACAUUAGAUUUAUUAAGUGUCCUAGAAACCGGCCCUAUGUUCGCUACAUCAACGCAAGUUGUCAUUGCAAGCUGCAACGUACUUGUAUGUUGAAAUUAUCCGACCUUCACAAACACCACCGCUAAUUUUUUCCUUAUUGUAAGUGACUGACAUUUACAAACAUGUAUGUAAUUGUUGUUCAUUGUAAUUUAUAUAAAUUUGCAAAUAUACAAUACAGCUGGUCUCUAGAAUCUGUAUUGCGUUUGCAAACGUUUAUGACAUUGAGACAUAUCUGUGUCACAAAUAAAGAUGCAGCUCGUUUCUACCUUGUAAAUAGUAUACUUCAACAAAUAUCAAAAAAACUAUUUUCUAUAACCUGAAUAGAAAAUUCAUUCUCAAGCAUUAAAGCAAUUGGCUUAAAAUAACCGGAAUUUUUGAACAUCUAAAUGUAACUGUAUUAAAUAAUUAGCUUCCCAGACAAUGAGAAAUGCUUCCGAUUCUAAAUUUUAAAUAAAUAGUCAUCUGUAAUUUACUCAUUAUUCGAAAUUAUGUCUGAGCGACUGAUUUUUGCCUACUGACACAUCGAACUUAUCAUGAAAAAGUGAGACUCAUCAGUCACAGACCUAAGAUCACUUAAACUAAACUGGGUUAUAACUAGACGGUAUUAUGCAAAAAAGGACCUUGUGCCCAACCAAUAAUAUUCUAGAUAGCUAAUCAAUCGUCUCCUACCUAAGUUUUUCAUGAACAAAUACAUCAUACACACCACAUCUGAAAACAGCAUUUUGUAAUUGACUCCACUAGCAAGUAUUAUUGAUACAAUUCAACUAUUAAUCAAUCAGUAUCAAGUCUGAAUGAAGAAGUCUUAUCGUCUACACAAUGGAUACAUCGAAUUUAUUCACGAGCCUAAAUGAAACGUCCUUCGACACUACUUAUAAACAAAGAUAAUACAAAAUAGGAGAGUUACCAGAAGAAAUAUAACUAUGCUUGAAUAAAUGAACUUUGUACUUCUAAAAUAAGAUAUGAAUACAUGAAAAACUCAAUGCAAAGAGAAAAUGUAUAACUCAAGAAAUAAAUGUGGUCAACGUUAAUAAUUAUUGAUACCAAGUAAUGAACAAUAAUGGAGAAAAGAAAAAUUUAUAAAUUAAUGAGUAUAAAAAAAUGAAGCAAUGAGUAAAUAUACGAUCGGCUGCAAUAACAUAACAUCAUUUCAAAGUACGUGCUUUAUUGUAUUUUGAAGUUCCAGUGAUGUUAUGAGGGUUCAACUUGUACAUUGUAGUUACUGUAAUUUAUUAACCUUAGGUUUUCACCAAUGUUAUACUUUUGUGUAUAAGUUCUUUGGUCUUGGAAUUCAUAAAAAAUAGUAAAUAUAAAACCGGGUACAAGUAAAAUUAUAGACCUGACUUGUAUUAUAGGCCUACUUCAUAACUGGAGUCUUUAGAACGUAAUCUUUAAAAAAAAUGUUACACCAUUUCAAAGUUUGUUUUUCGUAGCAUUUUGUAUGCAGUUAUUGAUGAAUGUUAUGGGAGUAUCAACUCCUACAUUGUAAUUUUAUUGGAAUUCUCUAACCCUAGGUUCUUACCAUUGUUAUACUUUCAUCGUGGAUUAGCAAUAAGGGAGUGUCUCAAAACUGCGAGUUUCAAUUUGUCUAGUGUAUGAACAUAACCUAAACGGGUUUUUCAAUUAGAUUUUAAAGGUAAAAUGAAAGGUUGGGGAGUUCAGAUUAUUGCUUUUAAUUGGCAAUUUAUUAAUAUUAUUUUGAAAUGUGUUGUUAAUUUUAUAUAAUAAACACAAAUAACGAAAACUUGAAAUACUCGCACUUUUGAGUUAUUGCACCUACGAAUGACACCCAGCAAUAAUAUCAUGCUCAACUUCCAGAUAAUCAAUGAUUAUAUUUGUCAAUGUUGUUAUCAAAUAUCAUGUUGUAGUGUUUUCUAUCAAGUUUAAGAAUUUUUAAUGAUAGUAUACGAAAAACAUGUUGUUCAGUGUUGUAACCCGACUUAGAAUUAAAAUGUUUAUCUGCUAGUAUUGUAUUUUCAGUUAUUCGUGAUAUUUUCGUUGUUGGAAGUUUUGUUAUAUUGUUAAGUGUUAUUUACAAAAUUUAAUCAAAGCUCUAACUAGAGAUCAAUGUCAACAUUCAAGAAUGUUUGAAUGGUUAGAUUAUUCAGAAGAAUCAAGUUUAUAUUACUUCUCAGGAUUUUAACAUUGUUAUAAUAUUUGUGUUUGCAAUAUAUUAAUUUUCAAGUUUGCAGAUCACUUACAAGUUUUUUUUUAAAUUGAAUCCAAUCUCACUUGUGUCUCUUCUCUCCACUGAGAUUGCUAUGUUUUGUGGCAGCUAACAAAGAAAAUGCAAAUUGCAUUCUGUCAUUAUUGUGAAUUACCCAUCAUGUUUUAUUUUGGUCACUCAUCAGUUGUGUGGAUUGUUUAGAUUUCAUCAUUUUGACUUUUUCACGUAAAUUUGGUGUUUGUAAAUACAUAUAUAUUUUUUCUUCACCUUCACAUAACAAGCUGAUGCACCUGUUUUCAGUGUCUUUUUAUUUUAUUAGUUGUAUUUCACUACUUGUUAUUAUAAUAAUUAUGUAUGAUUAAUGGUGUAAGGUUGAAAGUAAUUAUUAUAAAUAAUAGAUUUGAAACUAGAUUGUAGCAUUUCUAUAAUGAUAAUUAAACAAUAAUGGCUCGUUGCGUUAUCAUUGUACUGUACCAUUUUUAUACAUAAAUUUGUAUCAUCUAGUCUUUCGCUUUCGAAUCUAGCUCUUAAAUUUCUAUAAAUUUUGCACCAAUCAUCAUUCAUUAUUGAGCUUUAUUACUGUGAAUUUUUUUAAUAAUAGAAGAUGUUUUAUAAUUGAUUUUUAUCAUAGUUACAAAUAAAUUUUGAAAAUUUGU